AAAUGUAGUCCACUGCCCCGGCGGACGGCCGCCAUCUUGUUCCAUCUUUGGUGUGGAGGCUCGGGCGRGUCUCGCUUCAGUGCCCCCGAGUGAAGGGAACUCCGCUGCCAAAGGCGACGGUGCUACCCGGGCGAUGUUUGCUUUUCUUUUGCGCGGAGGUAUUUACUUUAUCAUUAGGGAGGCGAAGCGUCUCUCCGGAUCUGUUUGCUUUCUAGCGGGAGGAGAUGUAACCUCAAACCGGCGGGAUUCGGGGUAAGCGGGGACAGUUGAGGGAGAUAUUAAGUCUUAAAACAAAUAUUUGUUUCAAGAAGCACAAUGGAUAACAUGCAAAAAGUUGCAAACAGCUCUUGCAAUGAUGGAGUUCUACUUAGAAUGGGCCUUAAUGAUAACAAAGCUGGAAUGCAGGGUUUGGAUAAGGAGAAAAUCAAUAAAAUCAUCAUGGAAGCUACCAAGGGUUCUAGAUUUUAUGAAAAUGAACUUAAGAAAGAUCAACAAGUUAACCAACGAAUUGAAAAAAUGAUGCAGCUAAAAGAGAAAAUUACAACACAACAGCUCUUAAAAGCACAGCUGCAGGUGGACAAGCUUGUGAUAGAGCUGGAACAGAGCCGUAACCUUAGCAGUACAAUUGUACACAUUGACAUGGAUGCCUUCUAUGCAGCUGUGGAAAUGAGAGACAAUCCAGAGCUGAAGGAAAAGCCUAUAGCAGUGGGAUCAAUGAGUAUGUUGUCCACCUCAAAUUACCAUGCUAGGAGAUUCGGUGUGCGUGCAGCCAUGCCUGGAUUUAUUGCUAAAAGGCUAUGUCCGCACCUAACUAUAGUUCCCCUAAACUUUGAAAAAUACGGCAAAGUGAGUAAAGAGGUUAGAGAAAUACUGGCUGAAUAUGAUCCCAAUUUUAUGCCUAUGGGCCUAGAUGAAGCCUACCUGAACAUAACAGAGCACUUGGAGGAAAGGCUGAACUGGCCUGAAGAUAGGAGAAAAUUCUUCUUUAAUACAGAAAGCACUACAGGAAUAGACAAAAAUGAUAUGAAUAUGUGUGCCAAAUUUAAUAAAGGUGAAGUCUCUUCUUCACCAGUACUGUUCGAAGACAACACACCUCUGAUGGAUGACAACCUUAAACAAGGAGGUCUAUCAGUGGAAAACUCAAUUGUAUUUGGAACUUCUGCAGAGGAAGUUGUGAAGGAAAUUCGCUUUAGGAUUGAGCAGAAAACUCAACUGACUGCUAGUGCAGGAAUAGCACCAAAUACAAUGCUUGCAAAAAUGUGCAGUGAUCGUAAUAAACCUAAUGGGCAAUACAGAAUUUCUCCUGAGAGACAAGCAGUGCUAGACUUCCUAAAAGACUUGCCCAUUAGAAAGGUACCUGGUAUUGGAAAAGUAACAGAGAAGAUGUUAAAAGCCCUUGGAAUUGUGACUUGCUCAGAACUUUACCAGCAGAGGGCGCUGCUUUCUCUUCUUUUUUCAGAAGUAUCUUGGCGCAAUUUUUUGGAUAUUUCCCUUGGUUUGGGCUCAACACAUUUGGAAAAGGAUGGAGAAAGAAAAAGUAUGAGUACUGAAAGAACAUUCAGUGAAAUAAACACAGCAGAAGACCAGUACAGUUUGUGUCGAGAGCUCUGCAGAGACCUCGCUCAAGAGCUACAGAAAGAGGGACUUAAGGGUAAAACUGUUACAUUGAAGCUUAAGAAUGUGAACUUCGAAGUUAAAACCAGAGCUUCAACUGUGCUGUCUUCUGUUUCUACUGAGGAGGAAAUAUUUGCUGUUGCUAAAGAUUUGUUAGCAACAGAAAUUGAUAGUGUUGCUCCUCACCCUCUUCGGAUAAGACUUAUGGGUGUACGAGUAUCAGGAUUUCUAACUGAAGAAGAAAAGAAAUACCAACAAAAAAGCAUUACCAGUUUCUUAAAAUCAGGAAAAGAAAUUCGUUUUCUUAGGCAUCAGCCACAGAAGUCCAACCAAGAGUAUUUCACAAAAAAUUCAGAAGCAUCUCAUAGACAAAGUUUUUUUGAUCAAAAGCGAGCAGCAAGACAGCUGGACAGUGAGAAUCUUUCUCCAAAAGAAACCAGAGGUAAGCAGCCCUUCCAUGACAGGAAAUCAUCAGCAAAUUUUGUGGAAGAAACAGAGGAAGUCACAGAUUUACAGAAUUCUAAUGUUUGUAAGAUCUUCACCUGUCCAGUUUGCUUUGAGGAGCAAAGCAGCAAUAAUUUAGAAGGACUAAAUAGACAUAUUGAUGAAUGCCUCAAUGGGAUGCUUAUUAAAGAUACUGUGGAAAUAUCCAAGAAUGACAGUUCAAGAGAAAGUAUGCCUAACUUUCUUCAGUUUAAAAAUGAAUAUGUUGGUGAAUGUCAAAAAAAUAGAACAGAUCAAUUAGCAGGAAUAGACCAUUCUGCAAGUGUAUCUGACAGCUCUGCUAAUAAUAGCACAGAAAAAUUUGGUCAGAUAAUAUCUGAAAAAUCUUCCAGAGAACGACAGCCUAGCACUCUGAGUGACAUUGCUAGAAAUGUGUGUAUGGAACAGUGUCUCUUCCCCAAAASAACAUCACAAGACAAUGAAGACCAUUUUGACAACACUGAACAUACAGAAGGAACUAGUUCAUCCUGUUUCUUUGAAGCCAAAGAAGAUGGUGUUCUUGUUUGUCCAGUUUGUAAUUCAGAACAGAAAACCACCAAUCUUGUGUCAUUUAACAGACAUGUGGAUGUCUGCUUAAAUAAAGGCCUUAUCCAGGAGCUGACAGAAAAAACCAAAUUUCUGACUAAGAGUUACAAURUGGAAAACUCGAAGAAAGUUGGAGGUUUAAGCAAAGGACAACAAUGCACAAAUGUACCACAAGGAACAAAAAGGUCUGGACAAACAGCUUCGCAGUCAGUAUCAAAAAAGGCCAAGUCAAGCAAUUCCAAGCAUACAAUUGAGAUGUUUUUUAAAUGACUGUGUAGCAACCUAUUCUAUAUGAAGUCUUUCAUAGAGUUUUAUGACUGCAAAUUAAUUUGGCAUUGGUGUAGGCUGGGUUCAGGUGCCUGUCAUUUUGGAACCAUAACAUAUGUGAGUAAAAAGAACAUGAUGUCUAAGGUAGAAGAGGUACAAUGAAGGUUUUUGGGUUUGUUUUUUUUUUUUUUGUUUUCUUUGGAGAAUAAUACUUACUUUUUUCCCAGUUGUUUUCAAGAAUCAAAAUUUGCUAACACUUUGAUUUAGCUCCCUAGAACACAGGAAUCAUUAGCUAGGGUGCCCCACUGUACUUGCUAAAGGCCCCCUUCCUUCAUCUGAACUUCUGUCUUCUCUGUUGAUUUUAUUGGGCAAAUUAAAUAAUGAGAUUAGCUGUGUGAUAACAGGARUUGAGUUGCUUGAUUUCAGCUAACAAAUGUCUGUCUUAGCGGACACAAAAAUUUAUGGAUCUUGAAGUUACAAAGGAUGAGAAAAAGAACUUAGAGCACUAUCAAGCCUACAUUGUUGUUACUGAAAAUUGCUUCAGUAAGAGCUGAUAGACGACAUCUGAAGGAUUUGCUGUGAUGAGCUACACAAUGACUUAACUGAUUUAAAAAAUGUUAAUAAAACUGUUGAUGGACAGAAGGAUGCCUCCAGGAUAGUCAGAUAAAUGCUAUUUUAUCUUUGGCCUUUCCAGAGACACUGAGCACUUCUUCAUGAUUUGAAAUUGUUACCAGUCAGUAGCACUAAAUUUACUCUAAAUAAAGGAUUUCAUGGUGCAAUAAUAGUGAAUUGUGUGCAAAUGCAAGGUAAUGAACAUUCUUACUGUUUAGCUAUAUUUCUAUUUUAAAUUAUUUUGUAAUUCUGAAUGUAGUCUAUGAAUGCAUAUGUGGAAAGAGCAAAUAUUUUAAAUACUGUUUAGAUGUUUUCUGUUCACACCAAAUUGCUAAAAGAUAUUUUAUUGUAAUUAUUUAUCAGACAAAUAAUUUAUUAUAUAGCAUGUUUCUUAGAAGUUAUACAAAUAAUGCCAAACCCUGUAUGAAAAAUAAAUUGCUGUUUAACUGCASUGUUUUAAAGAAGUGGCUACUGUAGAAGAAUCUGUUUUGUUGUUUAAUUGUAUUGGAAUGUGCUUGUUUUUUAAAUAAACGAGUGUAUACAUGGUAUGUCUUAGAUGCCCAGGCUCACUUUAGAAUAUACUUUUUUGUUUCCAAAAUUGCUGGAAUGAUCACACCAYCUCUGCCUGCUCAUCCAUUUUUUUGUCAGAUGCCACUGUACCCACAGCUGUCAUUUGAAUUCAUGUGAGUGCUCCUUUAUCUGCUUUGGAUCAAAUCAGCUGGACUAGUUCAGACUGUAAACUGAUUUAGUUGACUUUUUCUAAACCAGGUCACUGAACACUCAGCAUGAGCUGGUCUAUUGACAGAGAUGGGAGCUGGGAAUUUUUGGUAGGAARGACAUAAAAGCAACUGAGGGAACGUAAGGUUGCCACUGCUGUUUAGAAAGUGAACAUCUAUCCCUAUCUAUUGCCUAUUUUAUAAUGUGUAUCUCUGAUUCAAUAAAGUGUAAAAUAUAAGCAUUAUCUUGUCAUUGUGUGUAUAUC